AUGGAGUCGGAGUCCCACCUGAUCAUUUCCUGUGCCGACGAAGUGGUCCUGUGUGAUCAGUUUGAACCUGUCCCCUUUGACCAGUGUGCGUUUGUCGCCGUUGGCCCAGCUCCUGCAACGCCGCUACGUGUCACGGUGCAGGGAGUCGCAGGCUAUGGCCAUCUGUGGUCCUGUGUUCGCGCAACCUCAUCAUCCCUCGGCGACGUCGUUGUCAAGAUUGUGCGACCUGCGACUGCUGACCGAGCCGAUGUCGCUCGUCGCGUCCAGCACGAGGCCCAACUCCUGCAAGCUCUUGGUGACCUCGACUUCAUUCCACAACUGUGCGGUCUCUUCCACUGCUCCAUAACGGGCGUAUGGGCCAUGGUCCUAGCCGACGCUGGUAUACCCGUGGACACUCGCGCUAUCAACGACGCCACACGGACCCUGCACGAUGCUGGCGUUGUCCAUGUUGACUCGGAGCCGCGCAACUGGCUGCUCAAAGACGGUCAUUUCAGUCUGAUCGAUUUCGAGGGGGCCAUUACUAAAGAGGCAUGUCUUGCUGCGGCACUGCUCUCCACCGAUGACGACGAUGGCCGUGACCCGUGGGAGAUUGAAACGGCCAUGGAGAUGCACGAUGUCGGGGUCGACCUUGGGCUCGCGUAG